CAUUGACAAGAAAGAGAAAAGAGAAAACAAACAGAAAAAAGUGACCAUUGGCAGCCUGUAUUUCCAUCAUUAUUUUUGCUUAAUACCAAACAACACAAAUUAAAAUUAAUUCUCUUUUCCCCUUUUUCCUCUUCAAGAACCCUAAAAACCAUCCCAAAUCGAAUUUUCCCCUCUUUGGGUUUUGUUCCUUGUCAAAAAAACCCCAUAAAAUCUCAAUCUUUCCAUCUUUAGAACCCUCAGUUUUCGAUUUCAGUUUUUUUGGUGUAAAAUGGGAUGAAUUCUGUGAAUUUUUGAGUUUUGGGGAGUUGGGUGUUUGUAAUUUGAUUUGCCGGUGAAGAAUUUGUUUGGGUUCUAACCGGCGGUGAAGGAAAAAGAAGAGAAAAAAGGGGAUAACGAUUGCUCAAAAAAUGGCGAAUUUGGACUUACAAAUGAACCCACAAAUGGAACAGAUCCAUGGAGAGAUUCGGGAUAAUUUCCGAGCUCUAGCAAAUGGAUUUCAAAAGCUGGAUAAGAUCAAAGAUUCCAAUAGACAGAGUAAACAGUUGGAAGAACUUACUGGAAAGAUGAGAGAGUGUAAAAGGUUAGUUAAAGAGUUUGAUCGUGAGAUUAAAGAUGAGGAGAGUAAAAGUCCUCCUGAGGUCAACAAACAACUCAAUGAUGAGAAGCAAUCAAUGAUCAAAGAGCUAAACUCAUAUGUGGCCUUGAGAAAAACGUAUAUGAGCAGUCUUGGCAAUAAGAGGGUUGAACUAUUUGAUAUGGGAGCAGGUGGAAGUGAUCCAACAGCGGAGGAAAACGCUCAGAUGGCAUCAGAAAUGUCAAAUCAGGAGCUCAUCAGUGCUGGAAAUAAGACAAUGGAUGAAACUGAUCAAGCCAUUGAACGCUCCAAACAGGUUGUUCACCAAACAAUUGAAGUGGGAACACAAACUGCUUCUACCUUGAAAGGCCAAACUGAUCAAAUGGGUCGUGUUGUCAACGAGCUUGACACAAUUCACUUCUCCAUUAAAAAAGCUUCCCAGCUUGUCAAGGAAAUUGGACGGCAGGUUGCCACGGAUAAAUGCAUCAUGCUUUUCCUCUUCCUCAUUGUCUGUGGUGUAGUUGCCAUAAUUGUUGUGAAGAUUGUGAAUCCUCACAACAAGGAUAUAAGGGAUAUCCCCGGACUGGCACCUCCUGCACCUGCAAGGAGAUUGCUAUAUCUAAGGCCUGGACAAGAUUUCAUGUAAAUCUUAAAGGACGGAUCCAUCCAAUUUUCUAUAUGGUACCACUGUAAAGAAGUAUCAGAGGAAUGCUAUUCGUGGAGAGCUGCUCGUUUACUGUGAUCCCCUGUCUAAGUUGUGCAUACCGUAUUUGCUCUGUUGUGCAUUUCUUUUUUCCUUUCCAUUCCAUUCCAUUCCAUUUUCGAUUAUGUAAAUCUUACACAAUAUUUGUCUUGUAUUCGCCUUUUUCUUGCAUUUUAUGGUGCAUUGGAUUCAUUCUGUAACCUCUUGGAGUGUUAGAAGAGUUGCAAGCAGACAAAGAGAACACCAAUAUACUACUCAUAUGCUAUUUCUUUUCUCUUCAUGUAUGUAUGUCCAACAAUGGCGUUUUGAUGUCGAAUUAGACAACUAUGUGAACGAGUUACGAUUAUUUACUUAUCUUUGAAAUGUUAAA